UUAAAAGGAGGACUCAGAGAAUGUGGGCAUGAGAUCAUGAACUGUGUAGCAGCUGCUUUUCACCAAGCUUUGAGAACUUAUACAUAUCGCUGAGGAUCAAAAAUGCAUUCUUCACAGGAUCAAAUGCUGUAUUUUCAAGUUGACACUAAACAGAAGGAGAAUAAAGAACUAAAAAUGUACAAAGUACUAUGUGGGGUGCUACUUGUUUGUUUAGUUGUUAUAUCACUUGGACUUGGACUUGGACUUGGGCUUCGUCAAAAACCCCAGCAGCCUUCAGUUGCAAAAACAAUGAGCUGCAGAAAUCAAUGCUUUGCACCCUUUGAUGAGGAAAGCAUGGACUGCCGUUGUGACAGACUCUGUAAUGAAGCUGGAAGCUGUUGUUUGGAUUUUGCAGAAAUCUGUCUUCAGCCUGCUGAGCUCUGGACAUGCACCAAGUUCCGCUGUGGGGAGAGCCGUUUACCUACUAGCCGCUGUUCAUGUUCUGAUGAUUGUUUGGAAAAUGGUGAUUGUUGCACUGAUUACAAGACAGUUUGUAAAGCGGAAACAUCUUGGGUGGAAGAUAAGUGUGAAGAAAUAAAUGCCCCUCAAUGUCCAGCAGGAUUUUCUCAACCACCCUUGAUAUUGGUUUCAUUAGAUGGUUUCAGAGCCGAGUAUUUAAAGACCUGGUAUGGUUUGAUGCCAGUUAUUGACAAACUCAAUGAUACAAACUGCUACCCCGAUGCAUUAGUGGUAGAAAAAAUGUAUCUUUGUGGAUGUGGUGCAAAUCAAGGACUGUAUUCGGAAACACAUGGCAUUGUUGACAACAACAUGUAUGAUGUUAAAUUAAAGAUGUCUUUCUCUCUGUCUGGUGAUGAGAAAAACAAUCCAGUAUGGUGGGGUGGACAGCCAUUGUGGCUGACAGCUAUGUACCAAGGCCUACAAGCAGGCACUUUCUUCUGGCCUGGAUCUGAAGUGAAAAUAAAUGGAACAUACCCAAAUAAAUAUGUGAAAUUCAAUAAAUCAAUUCCAUUUGAAGAAAGGGUAUUUACUCUCUUGAAAUGGCUCAGUUUACCUGAGUCAGAGAGGCCACACUUUUAUACCCUGUACCUUGAAGAACCAGAUGGUGCUGGACAUUCAUUUGGACCUGUUAGUAGUGGAGUGAUUGAAGCAUUACAGUCAGUUGAUCAGAUAAUAGGAAUGCUGAUGGAUGGACUCAAACAGAAAAACCUACACAAAUGUGUUAACCUCAUUAUUGUGGCUGAUCAUGGAAUGGAAAAGACUUUCUGUGACCAAGUUGAAUAUAUGACUAAAUAUUUUAAAACAGUGGAUGAUAUAUAUGUAUACAGUGGUCCAGCUGCUCGCAUUCGAGCGAAAAAUGUUCCCAAGGACUAUUUGACAUUUGAUUCAGAAGGAGUUGUUAAAAAUCUUUCCUGUCAAUAUCAGAACCAACAUUUCAUACCUUAUAUGGCCUAUGACUUGCCAAAACGCUUCCACUUUGCCAACAACAUUAGAAUAGACAAGGAGGUCCAUCUGUACUUGGACAAACAGUGGCUGGCUGGACGAGAUCCACUGACAUUCAAUUUCUGUGGUGGUGGAAAUCAUGGCUAUGAUAAUGAAUACAAAAGCAUGCAAGCUAUCUUCAUAGCUCAUGGGCCUGCUUUCAAAUAUAAAACUGAGGUUAAUCCAUUUGAUAAUAUUGAACUCUACAACAUGAUGUGUGACUUGUUGCAGAUUACACCUUCGUCAAAUAAUGGAUCUCAUGGCAGUCUAAAUCAUUUGCUGAAGAAUCCUUCUUAUAAACCCACUCUUCCCACUGAGGUAUCUGCUUUAUCCGUCUGUCCACUUUCCACAUUGGUUCCAAAUGAUGAUCUGGGAUGUUCAUGUCAUGGACUGACCAUGACUAUUCUGGAAUUGAAUAAAAGAAUCAAUCUUACUGUCGCACAAGUUAAAAAAGUGGAAGCCAUUACCAUGCCUUACGGAAGGCCCCGUGUUUUACAGAAGAACAGCACAUACUGCCUCUUGCACCAGGCAUCUUACGUGACCGGAUAUAGUGCUGACAUCUUAAUGCCCUUAUGGAGUGCAUACAGUAUUUCAAAAUUGACAGAGAUUAGUCCAAAUGUUUUAGACUGUCUGCGUGCUGAUCCUCGAAUCUUAGCAAACAACAGCCAGAAGUGUUCAAACUAUAAUCCAGAAUUAAACAUUACCUAUGAUUUUCUUCAUAUUCCAAAUCUGAAUAAAUCAGAGGUGGAACAAUAUGAUGCAUUAAUUACGAGCAAUAUUGUGCCUAUGUAUUCAGCUUUCCAAAAGAUCUGGCAUUACUUCCACAACACUAUACUGCCAAGGGAUGCUGCACAGAGCAAUGGCCUCAACGUAAUGAGUGGGCCAGUGUUUGACUAUAAUUAUGAUGGACAUUUUGAUACUCUUGAACAAAUUAAGGGACAUGUCAAUGGCACAGCAAUCCCCAUCCCAACUCACUUCUAUGUUGUCCUUACCAACUGCAACGACACCGCACAGACUCCCCAACAAUGCAAUGGUUUACUCAAUGCAAGGUCCUUCAUUCUACCGCACAGGCAAGAUAAUAGUGAGAGCUGCCCAAAUAAUAAAAAAGAAUCCCAAUGGAUUGAAGAGCGAAUCUGGGCUCAUACAGCACGAGUGAGGGAUGUGGAGCUGAUCACAGGACUUGAUUUUUAUCAGGAGAGAAAUCAGCCAGUCAAUGAGAUUUUACAGCUAAAAACAUUUUUACCUGAAUUUACACCUAACGUUUAACUAUCAUUCCAAAGAAAAAUAUUGUUAACUCGAACAUCUGAUGUUUCCUCUCUUGCAAAUCUUCAACACUGAUUUUAUAUAAAGUAAUGAAAUGAUGAAUUGAUCUUUGAUGUCUGUGAAUUUAGAAUUCCAGCAUGCAAAACAAAACCCUGUUUUUUUGUAAGGUAUUAAAAUAUUCUGUCAUGUGUUUGGAAGUGAUCUGAGUCAUACCAGCACAGCAUGCUCCUAGAUAUUUGCCAAUGUUUGGGAUGUGCUUUUUCAGUGCAUUGUAACUACCUUUCAGAGUUAGCCUCCUUUCCAUCCCAAUUAAUUUCCCCUGAGAUGUGUAAAUCAUUCGAAGGAGGCAGCUAAAGAUGUGACCCAGUGUUCCCACCCUCUGCCAUUUGCACAGUACGACAGAGCAUGUUUUGUGGGUUUGCUGAAUGAUAACAUAAUUGUUUCUGAGUGCUAGUUCCAGAGUUAGUGGUGAAAUUCAAGCCUGUUGUACAUAAUUUUCAGGUGCAGAAGUGAAAUUGCACAAUUGCUUGAUGCCAUGAUUAAUGCCUGAACACUACUUGAAUGAAAUGCAUUUCAGUCAACAUACAGAUACCCCAAACAACAUUUUGAGUUCCUCUGAAUUAAAGAAAUUACUGAAAGAUAA